CUAACCCAACAACUGUUGUCGUUGGCGACUUGGAAUAUGUGUUGUAUAAGUUUGAUACAGCAACUGGAAAGCUCGGUUACAAUGAGGCAAAUACUGCUUGUUUAAAUAUUGGGGGUAAGCUUGCUAUAAUCAAUGAUGUGGGUAUACAGGAUGCAAUACAACCGCUUUUACAAACGGAUGCUGGAAAUACAUGGAUGAGGGGUUAUUGGAUUGGUGGAUAUUGUAAUGACAACUGCAUGGUUGGUGAUGGAGGUUCAGUGUCAAACCAAGUAAACUGGAAAUGGGGUGAUGGUAGUGGAAUGUAUGAUGGAUACACAAACUGUAAUAUUCUGAUUACAGAUAUUGUGUGUUAUCCAAAUCCAUGUAAGAACGGUGGUACUUGUCAGUCUACACCCAGUGGUAGUUAUACUUGUCAUUGUCUACCCGGGUUUGGUGAAAAACAUUGCGCAACAGAUUAUUGCAACCCUAGUCCUUGUCAAAAUGGUGGAAUUUGUACUGGGAUUGAUGGUGGUUAUCAAUGUGACUGCCCGGUUGGAGUCGUCGGUUUAAAUUGUGAAAUAGAUUAUUGCAACCCUAGUCCUUGUCAAAAUGGUGGAAUUUGUAUUGGAACUGAUGGUGGAUAUCAAUGUGAUUGCAAAGUUGGAUUUAAUGGUACAGAUUGUGAAACAGAUUUUUGUGCAAGUAAUCCAUGUAACAACGGUGGCAGUUGUAUUGGAACUGAUGAUGAAUAUAUAUGCAGUUGUCCAGUUGGUUUUAACGGAGCAAAUUGUGAAACAGGUAUGAAUGAAUGAAUGAACAUAACUUCCCUUUCAUGAAAACUAUACCCUAUAACAGAUAUAUGUGCCUCUAAUCCAUGUCAAAAUGGUGGAACUUGCAUUGGAAUUGAUGUUGGAUAUGA